AAUGACAGUGUGAGCGGACCACCGUCAGACUGAGAUGAAGUCUACUCCGCUUGCACCACGCCGUGCAUGUCUUGUACAAGGAAGUACAAGUACAUGUACUUCAGUAAUAAUUCACUGAAACGCUGCAAUACGAGAAAACACGGGAGUUUUCAUACAGAAAGCAGGUGCUUCCUUUGAAUUCGACAACAGGAAGCGAUUUUUAAACCCCGGUUUGUACGCCGACCAUGACUUAUAUAAAACAAGGUUGCAACAGCUUGGGCUUCACUGUGUUGACCGAGUGAGCACGUGCACUGUUUAUUGAUUUUCCUGAAACUUGUCGUGGGAAAGUUUGGAGGCAACUUGAGUCCAGCAGCGACGUUCUUGUCCAGUUAUGGGUCGGUCCUUGCUCUGUAUCUCUCUGUGCAUCCUUCUGCCUCUCUUUGCUGGGGGUCACAUGAUAUCUUAUCGAUCUGCCGACCGAUCUUCAUCCGUGCUGAACCAGCAGCCUGAGAAGGGACCCACCACGCCCAACAUCAGUGAUAUUUUCAUUGGAAGAUGUUACGAGCACAUAAGGUGUCUACAGCAGGACCAGUGCAUUACAAAUACAUUAAGGGGCUCGUGUGAUAACCUGUGGGUAACCUUUCGGGAUGCAUUUGCAAAUAAGGAUCCAUGCCAGGCUGGUUACGGUGACUAUGACGGCGUCAUAACUGCGGCAAUGCCCCACACAAAUAGAAACAAGACCUUGUUUUGGUCUGGUCUCAAGACUCUUGCCCUAGAUAACGGAAGGGUAACCAGAAACCAUACCAUCCUAGAAGAAACACUUCCGGGGUAUAUCGCCAAUGGAUUGACCUGGUGUGGUCAAACAGGAGCUCCAGGAAUUAAUUACGACACCCCAUGCCCUGCAAGUACUGAAAAGAACAAUGAAACUAUGUAUACCUUCUGGAAGGCCGCUUCUAGAGCAUUUGCCAGGCAAGCAAGAGGAGUGGUUGCAGUGGCUUUAAAUGGUAGCAGAGAGGACGCCUUCAGACACACAAGUACAUUUGCAACGACCGAACUUCCAAAUAUCGAAAGUACAGCGGUGACACACGUAAAUAUACUUCUGGUUUACGAUAUCAGCAUACCUGGUAAUAACAGGAGAGCUCGCUGUGACGAAGGGAGUAUCAAAGAUUUGCAGUCGAUGCUUACUGAUAAAGGCCUAAGUUACAACUGUGUUGAAGACCCACCCGAUUUCAAGUACCUACAGUGUGCUAAAGAUCCACGCAACGAUCGAUGUAUUCAAGCCUGCAGUUCUGCGAUGAUACCGAAUAUCAACACGGCAUUGAUCGUUGCAGCCAGUCUGGUGUUUCACCUUGUGACUGGAGUUAGAGACUAGUCAAAGACUGAAAGGACCUAUUUGCAAUUAGUCCGUGUAGUAUGUACUCUUAUAAGUAAUCUGUGCGAUAUAGACGCUAUACUUUUUAACACUCCGACUCAUACAGACGCCAUUGGUGUUUGGUAGACAGGCGGUACGUCGUCUUUUACUAUGCAUAAAUAUCGUUGAGCUUUUAUAAUUAUAGAAAGCUUGCUAUUGGUAUAAGAUUAGUGGCUUCGCCAUAGGUGCAUCUCAUUAGGCUCAUGAGUUUGUAAUUGCCUGGCUUUUGUAUUUAUUACAUAAAAACUUAACUUGUUUUUACAGCACGAUUGUGUAUUUCAGUAUAAUAUCGCAAAAUUCAUGUUUAUGUAUACUAAGGGGCAAAUACAGUAAUUAACAGAGUACAACAUCGAGGAGAAAAAGAGAACAGAGUUGGAGAUGCCAUUGCUGACACCAGGCGCGCGAUGCAAGAUGGCAUUGAGGAUUGUUCCAACUUUGUGUAACCGUUUGUUGGCCUGUCAAUAGAGUGCAUACGCACGAGGACACCGGAUGGGGGGUAGGUUAGGGAAUGCUGUCUAAGUUCCAAAGAGGGAACAUUCUCUCCUGGUUGAAGCAGACACCAGAGGAUUUCGAGUGAAAUUGCUUCUCUACAAUAGAUCGAGAGUUCAUUCGAAAUAGAGCCUGAAAGUCGACCCCUAAUGACGCGCUUCCGGAACCUUUGGAUAGGUAAAUCUUUGCAAAGUUGUACAAUCUCGUUUUCACGUAAGCACAGGUAGUGAAAACAAACGUACAUGAACAUGGAGACUUAGUACGAUAUCGCCGGGAGUGAAAGGUCGUUAAGAAAAUUUGUUUUUUACCCAUCUCCAGGUGAUUCUUCCUAAAUGUUACUUGAAGAAGACAAAGGUAAAAUUCCAACAUGAGUGUUUCAUGGUAUGGUUUCAGUUAGGAAUUAUUCUCCCAAAAAUUAUCGGACGUGAUAGGACGGCGCAACGUAAAAUCCCCAUAAGAGGACCGCGGGAGGGUUUCGGGAGCUCGCUGCAUGACCUUUUACUUUCAGGCUCUAUUGAAACUAUUUCACUUGAUGUUUAUGUAGUGCAGGAAAUUCUUCGAAAGUCAUCGGGAUACAAUACAAAAUGUACGAACUAGUAGGAUUGAUGGGAAAAUAUUUGAAAGACGAUACCGAUAUAUUUCUUAAUUCCGGGCUAUUCACAAUAGUGCGCCUCCAAGAGUUUGCAACGCGUUGGAAAGUCACAAUGCGCGAAAUCUGUCGACCCAAUGGGCGUUUGGAAAGGGUUUCGCGCGUUGUGAUUGGCCCGCGCGCUGCAAACUUUUGGAGGCUCGCUGUUGCGAAUCGCCUGUAUUAUCGAUAAUGAAACUUCCUGGAUUUAUGGUUUCUUAGCGUAGUUUUCCGUUGUUGGGUAGAGUUAGCAUGCGCACCAUCGCUUAUAGCAUCGCCGAGAACUGUCGUUGCUUAAAAUUAAUAGUGCAGGCUACUUUUUAUGAACUUGAUUUCCAGCAACCCCAUCAGAACGUGCACGCACGGUAUCUCUCAUAUGAGAGGGUAUCGUGGUCCAUACCCUUUGGCCAACUCUGACUUCGUGAGCUUGCAUUUCAGGAAAAUCUUGACGAAACUGAAACUGUAGAGAUGUUUUAAAUGACAGCAGGCUUUGGACUAACUUGCCUUAUAACUGGCUUAAUUUCCAAGAAGCGUUCUUGAAGCUCAAGUACCUUUAGUCAAAUUUCUUAGUCUGAAUAAAACUUCAGCAUGCGUAAGUGAUUGACCAUAUUAU